ACUAAAUUGCGAUAUUAUGUGUCUGCUGCACCUGCGAACAACAUAGUGCUUUGGUGUCCAGAAAGUUUUAGGUCAAUAUUGAUUUACUGUCCGACGCACUACUCGAUUUCUACCUUAAAACUCACGGUGUUACAGGAGGUCAUAAACCCCCUCUGAGUAUGAGUUCAAAAUGAAGCGGCGCCUGGAGGAACCGGAACCGGUCUUCACGUCCCAGCAGCGGCGGAUCACAGGCAGUGCAGAGGCCUUCCAGCACAGGGUCCUGGCCCCUGCACAGGCUGUGUAUGAGGCUGUUGCAGACACUGUGCAACCCACAGCUGGCAUCCAGUACCCUGUCCAGCAAGGAUACCAGGUUCCCACUGUGGCGCAGACCUCCAGCAGUCACUCAGGCCACUCUCCCAGCCCUGCUGUCCAUGGCAGCUCUCACCAUCACAGUCCAGCAGUGCAGUCCCAUGGGCCUACAGUACUGCAGGGCCAUGCUCAUUCACAAGCUCCACCAGCCUCUGCCCAAGGCCAGCAGCAGUUCCAGAGGCUCAAGGUGGAAGAUGCGCUGUCUUACUUGGACCAGGUCAAGUUGCAGUUUGGGACUCAGCCCCAAGUCUAUAAUGACUUUCUUGAUAUCAUGAAGGAAUUCAAGUCUCAGAGCAUUGAUACACCAGGGGUCAUAAGCAGGGUUUCACAGCUCUUCAAGGGCCACCCUGACCUCAUUAUGGGCUUCAACACUUUCUUGCCACCGGGCUACAAAAUCGAGGUGCAGACCAAUGACCUGGUCAACGUGACCACACCUGGCCAGAUCCACCACAUUACCCCACACGGUAUCUCUGUGCAAAACAUCCCUCCAGCACCGCUGAGCCAACAUCAGAGCCAACUGCCAACCCCUGCCACCACUGCAGCUCCGCCCCCUUCCACUCAGUCAAUUCAGAGAAGCAAGCCAUUGCAGUCUCCAGCUCUGACCCCAAGCAGUCAGGCCAAUCCGUCCAUCCCAGCGUACGCCUCCCCCAAGUCCCCUCCCUUACAACCUCACACCCCAGUCAGCAGCACUCCCAGUGUUCCUCCACUGCAGAACAACCAGCCUGUCGAGUUCAAUCAUGCCAUCAACUAUGUGAACAAGAUCAAAAACCGCUUCCAGGGCCAGCCAGACAUAUACAAAGCAUUCCUGGAGAUCCUGCACACUUAUCAGAAAGAGCAGCGCAAUGCUAAGGAAGCUGGAGGCAACUACACCCCGGUCCUGACCGAGCAGGAGGUGUAUGCACAGGUGGCAUGUCUGUUCAAAAACCAGGAGGAUCUGCUGUCAGAGUUUGGCCAGUUCCUACCAGAUGCCAAUAGCUCUGUGCUGCUGGGCAAGACAACUGCAGAGAAAGCAGAGUCAGUUCGCAAUGACCACGGGGGCACAGUGAAAAAACCACAGCUUAAUAACAAGCAGAGGCCAAACCAGAAUGGUUGUCAGAUCCGCAGACACCCUUCGACAGGUGCCACGCCCUCUGGGAAGAAAAAAAGACCUUUGAGUAUGAAAGACUCAUCCCUAGCUGAGGCCGGCAAGCACGGUGUUGGAACAGAAUCUCUGUUCUUCGAAAAGGUGCGGAAGGUCUUGCGGAAUCCCGAGGCCUAUGACAACUUUCUGCGUUGUCUGAUCAUCUUCAACCAGGAAGUGAUUUCACGAGCUGAACUGGUGCAACUGGUGCUGCCGUUCUUAGGGAAGUUCCCUGAGCUUUUCACAUGGUUUAAGAACUUCCUUGGCUAUAAGGAGAUGUCCCACAUGGAGAGCUACCCUAAAGAGCGAGCCACAGAGGGCAUCGCCAUGGAGAUUGAUUAUGCUUCCUGUAAGAGGUUGGGAUCUAGCUACCGGGCUCUGCCAAAAAGCUACCAACAGCCCAAAUGCACAGGCAGGACACCACUGUGCAAAGAGGUGCUCAAUGACACAUGGGUGUCUUUCCCAUCGUGGUCAGAGGACUCAACUUUUGUUAGUUCCAAGAAAACUCAAUAUGAAGAGCACAUCUAUAGAUGUGAAGAUGAACGCUUUGAGCUGGAUGUGGUGCUCGAGACCAACCUGGCUACCAUUCGUGUCCUGGAGACGGUGCAGAAGAAGCUGUCCCGAAUGUCUGCAGAGGAGCAAGCCAAGUUCCGUCUGGACAACACGCUCGGUGGUUCCUCUGAGGUCAUCCACCGUAAAGCUAUCCAGAGGAUAUACGGAGACAAAGCCUUGGACAUCAUCGACGGCCUGAAGAAGAGCCCCGCGGUCUCUGUGCCCAUUGUACUGAAGAGGUUGAAGAUGAAAGAAGAGGAGUGGCGUGAAGCCCAGAGAGGUUUCAACAAAAUCUGGAGAGAACAGAAUGAAAAAUAUUACCUUAAGUCACUGGACCACCAAGGUAUUAACUUCAAACAAAAUGACACCAAGGUGCUACGAUCCAAGACUCUCCUCAAUGAAAUAGAGAGCAUUUAUGAUGAGCGUCAGGAACAGAGCUCUGAGGAGAAUACUGGUCCCCACUUGACGCUCACUUAUGAGGACCGACAGAUCCUGGAGGACGCCGCAGCCCUCAUCAUCCACCACGUGAAGCGACAGACCAGCAUUCAAAAAGAAGACAAGUACAAGAUCAAGCAGAUCAUUUAUCACUUUAUCCCUGACAUGCUGUUUGCCCAGCGUGGCGAGCUAUCGGAUGUAGAAGAAGAAGAGGAAGAAGAAGAGGAUAUGGAACUUGACGAGAGCAGUUCCAGGAAGCACAACGGGCUCACGGCUGGAAGCAGCAACGGAAAUCCACCCAAGUCCAAGUCACUCUUCAGUAAUUCAGGGGCUCAGAAGCUGCGCAGUUGCGACGAGGCUUACAACCUGUUCUGUGUGAACAGCAACUGGUACAUCUUUCUGAGGCUGCACCACACUCUGUGCUCUCGCCUUACUCGUCUCUAUAGCCAAGCGGAGAGGCAGAUUGAGGAGGAGCUCCGGGAACGUGACUGGGAGAGGGAAGUCUUGGGCCUCAAGCGGGAAAAGGGUGAUAACCCAGCCAUCCAGCUCAGGCUAAAGGAGCCAUUGGACAUUGAGGUUGAGGACUACUACUCUGCUUUUCUGGAGAUGGUUCGAAACCUGCUGGACGGGAACAUGGAGGCCUCACAGUAUGAAGACUCCCUGAGGGAGAUGUUCACUAUCCACGCGUACAUUGCGUUCACCAUGGACAAGCUCAUACAGAGCAUUGUCAGGCAGCUGCAGCACAUAGUGAGCGAUGAGAUCUGCAUGCAGGUGACAGACCUGUACCUGACUGAGAGUAACAGUGGUGCUACGGGAGGGGCUCUGGCCACUCAGUCUUCCCGAGCCUCCUGUGAAGGAGGAUACCAGCGCAAAGCUGAACAGCUCAUGUCAGACGAGAACUGCUUCAAGCUGAUGUUUGUGAAGAACAGGGAGAAUGUGCAGCUGACUGUUGAGCUGCUUGACACAGAAGAAGAGAACUCAGAUGAGCCAGCAGAAGCAGAGCGCUGGUCAGAUUAUGUAGGCAGGUACCUGAAUGCUGAUGCCACCUCUCCUGAACUGAGGGAGCAUCUUGCUCAGAAACCUGUGUUCCUCCCAAGGAACCUUAGAAGGAUACGGAAGUUCCAGCGAGGGCGAGAGCAGCAGGAGAAGGAGGCGAAAGAAGGAGGAAAGAAGGAAAACACAGAGAAUCUGAAGAUGGAAUGCAUGUUCAAGCUCAACUCUUACAAGAUGGUGUACGUGUUUAAGUCAGAGGACUACAUGUACCGACGCACUGCCCUACUGCGCGCUCAUCAGUCCCACAAGAAAGUGAGUACGCGGCUGCACCAGCGUUUCCAGACCUGGGUGGACUCGUGGGUGAAGGAGAACGUCACCCGUGAAAUGGCUGCGGACACCACCAAAUGGCUUAUGGGAGAGGGACGUGAAGGAUUAGUGCCCUGCGUAACAGCAUGCGAGCCUGAGGUUCUCCACUUCAUGAACAUCAAUAAGUACCGGGUCAAGUACGGCAGCAGCUUCAAAGCACCAUAAUCCGCCAAACACCAGCAUGAAGAACAGGGGUUUUUUGUAAAGGCUCUGAUGUGUGGAGGGGUUACAGGGAUCGGAUCGGGGCGGGAGAGAGUGGACAGGAAGGCUUGACUUCUCUUCAGCAUCUUUUAAAGGAUGACGUUGGGGGAAGGGACGCUCAAUUAAGAGCCCCUACUCCCAGACUCGUAUCCAGACCUUAGCUAUUACGCCACUCCAGUGGCAGCAAAUACAUCUGUUUUUAAGCUGUACCUGCCCUUGUAGAAACCUUCAGUGCCAAAACAGGAAAAGUUGAAAACUCACCUACAGCCCCUUCCCAAGUAUUUCACUUAUCAGCUGACCAAAUCACAUCCCAAACCGGCCCUCAUGACCGUAAGGCACUGUCUUGAGAAAACUUACACUGUGUGUAAAGAUAGCUGUACUUCAUAAUGGGUUUUAGAAAACGAGAUCACUCACACUAGGUGUCCGAGCUGGGUUUUCACGGCAACUUUUCAAAUCUGGAUUAAUACCAUGGAAAGAAACAGAGACUGUAAAUACAUCCUGAGUCACAGACAACUUAAAUUGAUUUAGAAUUUUGGCAUAAGUGCACUUAACUCUAAAGUGAGGAAGAGUUUUAUAUUUAUCCUGCCACUGUGUAGUGGGUGCAGACAAAAAAACAAAACCUCAGAAUGAGAGUAACCAGAUUGAACUGGCUCAAAUGAUUUCCCAGUGUAGUCACAUAUUUACAUUUACACAGUAUGUUAAACAAAAAAUCUCGUGUGUAUGUUUUUACGGGGAAAAAACAAACAAACAAAAACUUCAAAAAAAGUUCAUUUUCAAGUGAAAGUCAGCAUCACAGCAACUUUCUAUGUCUCACACACAGUGUCUUUGAGUUUAGAGUGAAAUGCACUGCAGCGUUAAAAAAACACACACACACAAAAAUAAACUAGAAUUUUUAGCAACCCCACCAUCUCAAACUGUAUAGUUGUUUAUCUCACAAAUGUCAGAUGGAACGCCAUGAAUCCUGGUCACCAUGGCAACAGGCCUUACAAAGUAACUGGCAAUGCUCUAUGCCAAAACACCAGCUUGUACGCGACAGAUUGUCAAGAAUGGACUAUCUACACUCAAAAGUUCACGUUUUGUAAAUAAACUGUAUAUAUUGCCAGACCUUUUUUAUGACAAAGAUCUGCAUUGUUGUGCUAAUAACACUUUACAAAAUCUUACAGUGGACUUAAGUGAGAAAUGGCUAAAGUUAGUACCUAUGUAUGGAAAACAAAAUGCAAAACAGUUUAUUACAGUUUUUACCAAAGGGAGUUGGUUACACUGUUAGUUGUUUAUUCUCCUUUGUGUGUUCCCUUUUUUUAAUAGAAAAUGUUCAUCCGAGAAGUAGAAGUGUAUCCAUGGUUUUUGGUUUUGUUUUGUUUUGUUUUGUUUUUGGAAUGGAAAAUGAAAGGUUUUUAUAAAAUACAUGAUACUUUUAAUUUUUGGACGUUUAAAUGUGGCUUUCGUUUCACUAUAUUAUCACUGCCUGUUUUGAUACAUGAAUCCCUAGGAAAGGAGACAGAAAUAGAAAGUCAUUACAAACUCAUUUCAGAAUCGCUGCCCUCAGGCAACAAAGGAACUUGUUGAAUGUGAAGUCUUAUUUGUUGUUUGA